GCGCGGCACGUCCCGGCUCAGCCGCGCUCCGCCUCAGCCGCCGCCGCCUCAGCGCUGCCCGGUGCCCUCGGCUGCCGGGCUGUUCUCCCGGCCUCGUACGUGUGCGUGCCCCGAGCCGGGGGGGUUCCAGGAGGUUGCAUUAAAAUAAAUCUGGACUUUGCACAGGAGGGGAAAAGCCUGACAUUCCUGAAAAUGGCAGCUGAGAAAUCCACAGACGUUCCAAAAACUGCUAGACAGUUUGUCGUUAAGGAACAGGUGAUUGCAGAAAGAAAAUGGUUGAAGCUUGCAGAAACAACUUACACUGAUCCCUUUGGUAAAACCAGAACUUGGGAGACUGUAAAGCGUACAGGGAACAAGAAGGGUGUUUCAGCUGAUGGUGUGGCCGUGAUCGCAGUCCUACAGAGAACUCUGCACUAUGACUGCAUCGUCCUCGUGAAACAGUUCAGGCCCCCCAUCAAUGCCUAUUGCCUGGAAUUUCCUGCAGGCCUCAUUGAGGAAAAUGAGACUGCAGAAAGUGCUGCACUGCGGGAGCUGGAGGAAGAAACUGGCUACAAGGGUGAAGUGGUUGAAUGUACUCCAG